AUGUUGGCAAAGGGGAGGGGAGGAAAGAUAAGGGCCCCUAGAAGGGGACUCACCAAAGACGACGUCGACUUCGACUCCAUAUGGACCACGCUGUCCACGGCGUUUCUGGAAAUCCACGGCAAGAAUGCCUCGAAGUUAUCGUUUGAAGAGCUCUUCCGGGGUGCAUACAAGCUGGUGCUAAAGAAGAAGCAAGACCUGCUGUACGAUCGAGUCGUGCAACUGGAGGAGUCGUGGCUGCGGGACCAUGUCCGGCCAAGGAUACUGUCGCUGAUCACACCCACCAUGACCGUGGGCAGUCUGGAACAAACCCCCGGGGCGCAAUCGAACGAGCGGAGGAUCGCCGGCGAACGAUUCAUCAGAGCGAUCACAGAUGCUUUUGCCGACCACCAACUGUCCAUGGGCAUGAUCACCGAUGUACUCAUGUAUAUGGACCGCGUCAACAGCCAAGAUCAAAGGCGGCCUUCCAUAUUCGCGACCGCCAUGGCGUUAUUCCGAGCACAGGUCCUCCGAACUCCGCUCACCGAUGACCCUAGAUUUGAUGUCCUGUCGCUCCUCGAAAGCGUCAUUCUUGACAUGAUCAAGAUGGAGCGGAAUGGUGAAGUCAUCGACCGUCCCCUGGUUCGGGCCUGUUGCUACAUGCUGGAGGGCCUGUACGAAAACUUCACGGAAGACGAAUCGACCAAGCUGUACUUGACUUCCUUCGAACCCCAAUUCCUCGACAUGAGCCGCAGGUUCUACGCGGAUGAAGGUCGGGCACUUCUGGCCGCGGCGGACGCGAGUACAUUUUGCACCCAUGCGAGGAGAAGACUGGUCGAGGAAGGUGAGAGAUGCCAACAAACCAUAUCUUCGAUCACGGACGUCAAGAUCAAGCACGUGGUGGAAAAGGAGUUGAUAGCAACCCACAUCCGCGACGUGAUCGACAUGGAAGGGACGGGGGUCAAGUCCAUGCUGGACAACGACAAAAUCUCCGAUCUCGCCAAUGUCUUUGACCUCCUGGCUCGGGUCGACCACACCAAAGUGGCACUCAAACAAGCCGUCCAGAAACGGGUUAUUGAGCUGGGCGCGGAGAUCAACAAAGCCGCCAGUGUCAUCAGCGACGCUCCACCGCCGCCGAGAACGGCGCCCCGGCCCGCCGCCGACGGAAAGGCCGCGCCGGAGAAGACCCUGAGCCAGCAGACUCAGGCUGCCAUCACAUGGGUGGAGCAAAUCCUGGCGUUGAAAGGCAAGUUCGACCGGGUUUGGGUCGAGGCCUUCCAGAGGGAUGCGGUGAUGGAAAAGGCCCUGGAGAUCUCUUUUCAGGAUUUCAUCAACGCCAACGACCGAAGCCCGGAGUAUCUGUCGCUCUUCUUGGAUGAAUAUCUCAAGCGUGGCGGCAGGGAUAAGACCGACGCGGAAGUGGAUGCUCUCCUCGACCACGGCAUCCUCUUGCUCCAAUACCUGGCGAACAAAGAUCUCUUUGAGACAUAUUACAAGAAGCAUAUGGCCAAGCGGCUACUGAUGAAGAAGUCGGUCAGCCGCGAAAUGGAACGACAGAUGCUCUCCAAGAUGAAGAUGAAGAUCGGCAGUCAGUUCACCCAGAAAUUGGAAGGUCUCAUCCGAGACACCGAGCUGUCGGACAAUCUGAGCACUCAGUACAAGGAAUAUGUCGACCGCCUCGGCGACCCCGAUCCCAAGCGGAUCGACUUGGAUUGCCGAGUCUUGACCACGACGGUCUGGCCGUUCGAAACCUUGUUCCGAACCGACCAAGACGACGAGUCCAGACGAGAAUGCAAGUUCCCGGCACCGGUGGAGCGCAUUCGACAGAGAUUCCAGAAAUUCUACUUGGACAAGCACACCGGCCGCAAGUUGACGUGGAUGCCCAGCCUCGGGGAUGCCGACUUGAGAGCGACGUUCACGGUGAAUGGGAAAACCCGACGCUAUGAAAUCAACGUGUCUACGUAUGGAAUGGUGAUUCUCAUGCUUUUCAACGAUCUGGCGCCGGGGGAGAGUCUCACGUUCGAUCAAAUUGCCGCCGAAACCAACAUCCCCCGAAGCGAUCUGGUCCGAAAUCUGCAAUCGCUGUCGCUGGUUUCGAAAUGGAAGAUGCUGAAGAAGGACCCGAUGAGCAAGGACAUCAAGCUCUCGGACAAAUUCCACUUCAACGAAGACUUUUCCAGUCAGUUCCUCAAGAUCAAGGUCAGUGUGGUGGCUGGGGGGGCCAACCGGAUCGAAAACAGCGAAGAACGUCGGGCCACCCAGAAACGGACGGACGACGAGCGUGGCCAUGUCAUUGAAGCGGCCAUUGUACGCAUCAUGAAAUCACGCAAGACACUGUCGCACUCGCAGUUGAUGAGCGAGACCUUGCAACAGUUGUCCGCCCGAUUCCUCCCCGACGUGAACAUGAUCAAGAAGAAGAUUGAGGCGUUGAUUGAUCGGGAGUAUCUGGAGAGAGGACCUGAUCCAGCUAAGCCUUCCUACCAGUACCUAGCUUGA